CGGAAAAGUCGUCUAGGCCAGGAGACUAACAACAGCGUGUAAUUCUGCGUCACGCAUCGAUCAGUAACCGCGAAGAGGCGGGGUUAAAUCACUCAAACACAACGUAAAUGUGCGAAGACGUUGAAACUUACGACAAUUUUUAACAGUCCCUCAGAAACGGUUACUGACUGCCAACAUAAGACUCAAUACGUAAUCCAUAAGGAUGGAUUACAAUUCUACCACUGACGGAAAUUAUACACCAGAGGAGGAGAAUUUCUUGCAAAAGAACUGCCGCCCGGACUGGCCGAGGUGGACGUGUACGAUGGCGACUAUUUGUGGACUGAUCAGCACCACUAUUUGGUUCAUCGUUCUUCUGCCUCAGGUUUGGAAGAAUUUUCGGCGCAGAUCGGUUGUGGGAGUGAGUGUAUUGUGGGCCACGGCUAAUUUCACGGCGUCUGUCACCAACAUGUUCUUCGUUCACAUAUACGCCAAGAUGCCCAUCUACAGCCAGGUGAACGCCAUCUACAUGCCAGUUCUCGAGUUCAUCAUGCUGCUACAGUUCUGGAUUUAUGGACUUUUCCCACUCAGGUCGAAGAUUUGGUACACCGUGUUCUGCUGUGCACUGUGGAGUGUCAUUAUCGGCUUACAACUGGGUCUAAGACGUUUUGAGGAAAUGCAAUGGUUGGCUAUCACGCUAUGGUCUGUGGAAACAUUUCCUCAGAUAAUACUUAACAUCAAGCUGAGAUCGACAUCCGGACUGUCCACCAAGUCUAUCGCUAUAGCAAUGCUUGGGAAAACCACAGAUUUCAUAGCAAACAAUGUGCUCCUCUUGCCUCUCCAAUACGUCAUCAUGAUUUAUUUCUCUAGCGGCGUGGCGUACGUCAAUGGUAUCCAGGUAGCAUGGUACUACGACAACAGCAAGAACACAGGCGAAAUACAUAAACAUAAACGUACAACCAACCCGGACGUGGAGGAUAAUCGUAUCUCUGACCCAUUUAUUAAAAACGAACACUGCGACGAAAGUAGUGGCAAAAAUCGUGGUGAAAAUCUUAACGAAAUGUUGGACAAAAAUUUUGAAGAAAAGCGUGACAUAUAUUCUGAUAAAAUUCGUGACGAAAAUCAACCUAGUGUUGAUAACGUCAAAAAGGAAGAAAUGUCUGUCGAAGAUGGAAAGUUUCCAUUUAGUUAUCACAUUUGUAGAUGUAUUCGGUUUCCUAUUAUAAUAGUAAUGAUUCUGAUUUCUGUCGUUUUCGGUGCAGGGCUUAUUUGGAACACGGGAAGUUGGUUUGGCCUGCUUGGGCCUUUUACGAUUAUAUCUGUCCUCAUUGUUAGUCAUGUGUAUUAUAAAACCAAAACGUCCAUGAUGACUAUUCAAACUUUAUGGAUGAGAAUGUCUCACUAAUGGUAAUCAGACCGUGCGAGAUUUAUUUCAUGAUUAUAUCUUAACGGGCGCAGGUCCAGGAUUUUGUAAAGUGUGUCUCAAAAUUCUAAAAGGGGCAAGUUUACGUUUGCCGCAGGGAAAUUAGCUGAGCUUCUAAAGAAGCGAGAUCUGUGGUUAGGCAUUCGGGGACAUGCAUCCCAGAAUAUUUGGAAAUAAACAUUCAGAAAGAAAGAAAUGUUUUAUUUAACGACGCACUCAACACAUUUUAUUUACGGUUAUAUGGCGUCGGACAUAUUAUGGUUAAGGACCACACAUAUAUUGAGAGAGGAAACCCGCUGCCGC